CAGUAUAUGUGUGGUCGUUCAUCAACCCUCGUCAUCACGGAUGAAAGUUCCAUUGUCCGUUCCGUCCAGCGGAUUGGCCAGCGUCACUAGUGCGUACAGCUCGCCCAUUGGUGUAUGUUGCUGUCAAUCACGCCUUGCCUCUCGUCUCGUCGCAUCAGAGGGUCGGUUGUCUGGGGCACUGUAGGCAACGUGACAGUCCGGUUUAAAAUCUGAUCACAAUAGUACAUCAGCACGGAUGUUUUCAUUUAUAUGACCAUUUAGAUUUAAACUUAAGAAGUGACAUACCAUCGUGAAUGGAGCCUUUCAACCCGCAAAAGGUAAUUUUUUCCCCCCGUAAAGUACCAUCGCCUGCGAGGAAAUCUGACCCUCAGCUGCAGGAGGAGCGCUGUCGAGCCGGGCAUUUUUCUCCAGCGUCAUCCGAUCUGACACCAUAUACACUGGUUACAGUCUAACAGCCGUCACACCGCACAACACGGAGGUUUUCGACAGGUUGGACACACAAUUUUAAGUCACAAAAUGGCAGUUUUCAGCUCACAGGUGCUUCUUGCCGUGACAAGAUCAAGGGGAUCCUACAUGCUUUCUAAAAGACACAGUUGUGCUUCACUCCCGUCGACCGCAUGCAUAGGCUACCAUUCAGCGUUCCUCAGCCGGGCUCCCGUCACGGCCAAGUGUCCCAGGCCGCUGUACCCCUGUUACACAUCCAGCUACAUCCGCCCUGGUUGUGUAGCAGCACGUCCCCUCCACAGUUCUUGUGCUUGGCUUCAAGAGGUGAAGGACACCGCUGCGGGUUCUGAACCCAUCAAGGGUGAGUCUUUCCCUCCCGCCUCUGGCACUCAACCACCGCCAGCUCCACAAGCAGUGCUGAGGAAGUCCGUGGGACAGAGAGUCCUGGAUGAGCUCAAGCAUUACUAUCAUGGCUUCCGCCUUCUGGGCAUCGACACCAAAAUCGCGGGCAGGAUGGUCUGGAGGCUACUGCACGGGCAGCAGCUCACCCGGAGGGAAAGGAGGAGGCUGAUGCGGACAUGUGCCGACCUGUUCCGGCUUGUGCCCUUCAUCAUCUUUGUCAUCGUUCCCUUCAUGGAGUUUCUGCUCCCCGUAUUCCUCAAACUCUUUCCAGAAAUGUUGCCUUCCACAUUUGAGACCCAGUCCAAGAAGGAGGAAAAACAGAGGAAGGGUCUUGGUGCUAAACUGGAGCUGGCUAAGUUCUUGCAGGAGACCAUUGGUGAGAUGGCCAUGAGGAAUAAAGCAACUGUUGGAGACGAGACUCAGAGGUUCUCGACUUACGUGCAGCAGGUGAGGCACACCGGUGAACAGCCCACCACUAAAGACAUCGUGAAGUUCUCCAAGUUCUUCGAGGAUGAGCUGACGCUGGAGCAUCUGGAGCGGCCGCAGCUGGUGGCCUUGUGUAAACUACUGGAGCUGCAGCCCAUUGGCACCAAUAACCUGCUGCGUUUCCAGCUGAUGAUGCAGCUGCGCACCAUCAAGGCCGACGAUGAGAUGAUCGCCAAGGAGGGUGUGCCCACGAUGACCGUAGCCGAGCUCCAGGCCGCCUGCAGGAGUCGCGGCAUGAGAUCUUUGGGUCUGACCACAGAUCAGCUCCGACAGCAGCUACAGCAGUGGCUGGACCUGCACUUGAAAGAGAAUGUGCCACCGUCCUUGUUGCUGCUUUCCCGUGCAAUGUAUCUGACGGACCUCGCUCCUAAAACUCCAGUCAUCCCACCGGUGCCCAAACUGGAGAAAGUCACUCUUCCUCUUGUGGAGGCCGAAACCGCAGCUAAAGGGGAUCCGCUGUCCUCCUCAGUGGAGAUGCUGGUGGAUUCUGCUCCGGUCAUCAAAGACCGAAAGUCUGAAGAAUUGUUGGAGAAACCCAGAGGGCUUGAUAUGCCAUCACCGGAAGCUCAGUUAAUACAAGCAAAAGAGGCAGAGCUGUCACAGAAGGCCAAGAUGAGCGCGAAUGGGACGUGAGAGGCACUCCAUGUUUCCUCAUUCUGUUGGGAGAAGAGGGUGGAGGUCUCUUCCACCGCUGCUGCUUCUGCCCAGGAAGCGUCUCUCUCACUGUCCAGGAUUUCAGAGGCCUUGCCGUCUCGCACCUCUCAUACGGACCAGAGGGACGAGCCGCAUCACAUCCUCCAUCGACAUCUGGUCCUCAAAAAAGAGGAAAAUCAUUAAUGUUAGAAUUCAGACAUCACUCCAGCUUGACAUGUUUACAUCUUCCAUCCCCCUGAAGAUUUGACGAAUAAUCUAAAUUAACAUUGACAAAAAAAAACAGGAAAUGAAAAAGGAAACUCUCAAGACUUGCCACUCUUUGCUGAACUUCAUUGUGUAAAUGUGUAAAUAAAUUGUACAAUACCUACAUAUUAUAUAAGUGCUUCUGCUUUAUACAGUCGGCUGUGCCAAAUGUGUGGGCUAGAAGGUGAAAGAUGUCAUAUUUUAAUAUGAGGAAUGCAUACGUUGCAUUCUGGAUUUAGUUUGGCAGAUGAAUUGUAAAUGGCCAAGUAUGUGGGUAUUUUUUUUUUUUAUUUUGAUUUGAAAAUGUCAAAUUCCCGUUUCUAAGGGGAUUUUAUGUUCACUCCUUCAGGAGAUUAGCGGUGUAGCGAUUACGCCAGGCCUGCCUAUGGCAGACUGCAGUUUGGCACAAAAAAUGUUUUCUUAUAAUCUAUGUAUUUAAUUUGUUAAUACUGUACUGUGUCCCCCUUUCAAUCAUGCGUUGAAGUUGGAAGAAAAUCUAAAUGGAGUCGUAAAUUUAACGUUUCACUUAUGGUUAAAAAUAUUCCAAGUUCCCCUAAAACAAAUGUCAUUGCAUUUCAUGCUGCACUGGAGGACAAAAACAAUAUAGUAUGGCAGUACUGUGAAGUUUUUUUUUUUUAGUUAAAAAGCAUUGAAUCCCUUAAAUGUUUGCUGUUUAUUCCAUAGCCUGCUUUUAACUCAACUGUAAACUUAAUAGAUUUUUCUUUUUGCAUCUUUAAACUGCCCUGUCCCAUUCUGUCCUGGUGCACAUUUUUAUGUUGAUCAAUGGAGUACAAUUGAAAAUUGAGUUUGAAACUGCCUCUCAAGCGCUGUGUUUAACAGUGUACCAUCUUAUACCACUGUACAGUCAGAAAGAUGCUCAAUGCUCGUAUCUCUUUUUAUUCCACAUCCCAAUCAUUAUUCCCGUUUAUUUAGUGUAAUGUGAACAAAUAAAAUGUUUUUUUUUUUUUUCAAAAUUCAAAACAUUUAACAAAAUGAUCAAAUUCAUUCAUAUUAGCAAAUAAUUGAUACUUGUGUUCAGUAAAAAAAAUAAAAAAAAAAUCAUUAAAAAUCUUCAAAGUCAAAAUGAUUGAGGUGAAAUUUUAAUGUCAUGGAUUCUCAUCAUCUAAAUUUGUUGCAAGGUAAAUAUACAUUUAUUUUUAGCUGAUCGCCAGUCCAUUUUACCUAGGACUUUUCAAAUUGAAUUGCUAGGGUGUCCAUGGACAAAUUAAAAUGCAGAAGAUUCAUUUAAAAUGUAAAUGUUAUAAAAUGCAUUUUAGGGCUGUCAGUGUUAACUUACAACACCAUUAAUGUUAACUUAUAAGCAUGUUUAAUACAUAUUUAUUAAGCACAACUAUUGUAUUUGAUGCUAUUACUUUAAUUCAAGAAACCUUACAUUCACUUGUAAAACUUUUGCCCUGCCCUGAGAAACUUUUGAAAGAGAACACAAAACGUGCAUUUGGUCGCAUGGUUUCUCACUAAGUUCUCAGGGAAUGGAGAGCUGCUAGCCUCGCCGUGUUUCUCCACCAUUUCCUUUGACUCUACGCACUGCAUGUGAUUCCUCUGGAAUGCAGUUCAAUGGUUGAUUGCAGAUGACUUCUCUGUUUUUUACUUUGACUCUAUUUCUGAUCAGCAGGAAUGUCCUCCAAGUUCUGAUUCCUCAGAUUAGUUCAGUGGAGCAUUAGGCCAGGACUUAGACUGCUCAUGCUGGUACAGUAACAUGGGGCUGGUCAUAAGACUCCCUCAUUUCUUUAAAGUCGCACAUAUAAACCAUGAAUAAGCUUUGAUCAUUCUGAGGGUGUACAUGUUUAAGUGACUUUUAAGAUAAUUUUCCACAAUCAUUCCUAGUGCUCCUAUACUGAGGAUGUGACAAAUAAAUGUAUGACAUAACAGUGGAAAA